AUGGGCACUGCAACUUCUAUUCGGGUCUCUGCUCUCAUUCUAUGGAUUUUCUUCGUUUCAUCCUCAACUUCACCCCCUAUUGUCUUUGCUAAAGAACCCUCUUUAGUUGUUGCACAGUUUACAAAAUUGCAGCUGUCUCCUGGCUUGCUGGUGGAAAACUCUCCAGGUUCUAAGCCUGGUGCUAAAGUGGCUUGUGAAAGAGUUCAAAUCCAUGGCUUAUUGAGGCUUAAGCAUCUUGAGAAGUUUGCCAAUUCAGUGAAGGUGAAAGUUUCUCAUGUAAAUUCAAGUGGUCGCCUGCCAAACAUCGAGGUCUGUUUCCAUAGGAAUUCAUCUCUCGGGAUAGGGAUGUGCCCUCAAGGUCAGUGGGAGAAGCUUACCAAGAAUUCAUGGGCAAGAUCUAUGUCGCCUUUUGAUCACAAGCUCUUAGAUAUGCGGAUGGCAGGCUCUUCCCCAGAAACUCUAGAGGUUUCUCUUGAUGAAGAAUUUUUCUUGUACCGUGUCAUAUUUUUGGUGUUGGGAGUAGUGUUGAUUACAUUGGCCUCCUCCUUAAGCAAAUCUUUAGUUUUUUACUAUGGCAGCGCCAUGGCUGUAGGAGUCAUCCUUGUAAUAUUGAUGGUUCUUUUUCAGGGAAUGAAGCUUCUCCCGACUGGGCAAAAAAAUUCACUUGCAAUAUUUCUAUAUUCAUCUAUGGUUGGCUUGGGAUCUUUCGUACUUCGCUAUGUCCCUAGGUUAUUGCGUUCAAUUCUUGUGGAGCUCGGAAUCAGCGAAGACAUGUACAAUCCUGUAUGUAAGUUUCCUAUUGGUAAUUCUGGUAGUUAUCCUUGUGUCUUUGCAAGUAGUCAAAGCAUGGCUCGGGUCUUUAAGCUGGAACUUCUUGUUGGAUGUUAUGCCUCUCCUCCACGACUGAGAGCACUUCCUGAUACUUUCCUGCUGUCUUCAGAUUUGGCAUUGGAGAUGAAUUUCUGCAGAUAUAGCAUUCUGUGGACUUUGGCAAUGUUUCUCCUGGUUUUCCUUGUUCUUGGUGGAGCUUGGUUGGGUUUCUGGGUUGUUCACAAACUUGUCCUGACAGAAGAUGGAUCCAUUGACAUAGGCGUAGCUAAUUUUGUUGCCUGGUCCAUUCGUAUUUUUGCUUCUGUUAUGAUUCUUCAGAGUUCUGUUGAUCCUUUGCUGGCAGCGGAAGCAUUGAUAUGUGGAAUACUGCUUUCAUCAAUAUUGAGGAAAAUUACCCGGCCAAGAUUCGUGCGUCACUUGUACAAGUCAGUACCAGACAAGAGCAACCAUAGGUAUCAGACUUAUUCAUCUCCCGUUGCAGAUUUUUAUGGGUCCAGGCCCAACAACAAAGCUCCAUACAGUACUCCAAUCAGAGGUUCAAGCAGGACGUCACCAAGGCAGUUGUCAGAUUCAGGCACAUUCUAUUCUACCUACCAUGACACGCCUGAAAGAAGAGAAUUCUCGAAGGAUGAAUGGGAAAAAUUCAGUAGGGAGUCUACAAAAAAGGCAUUGGAAGGGCUGGUUUCUUCUCCAGAUUUCAGUAAAUGGGCUGUUGCUCAUGCUGACAGAAUCACUUUGGCUCCUAAGAAAGAGACCGCUGAUCAUCCGCGGAGGUGGACGUGGCUUCCUUGGUUAUGA